CCUCGGCACUCUUUUGCCCAUGCGUUGACCUCCGUCGCUCUGUUUGGUGCAUGCGCUGAGGGAGGCGGCCGUUGCGCUCCCACUUGUUUUAGCUCCGCCCUCGUUACUACCGGGAGCGGCGGCUGUGAUGGCGGCCGGGCCGGGCCAGCUCCACUCGGUGUUGCUGUUGCUGGUGGCGUCGGUGCUGCCCGGCGGCUCGUGGGGCUCAGAGGCGGCCGGGGCGGGGGAGUCUCCUGGCGGGCCGGGCCCCGGGGAGCGGUUUAAAAUCGAGGGCCGGGCGGUGGUGCCCGGGGUGAAGCCGCAGGACUGGAUCGCGGCGGCCCGGGUGCUGGUGGACGGGGAGGAGCACGUCGGCUUCCUCAAGACAGAUGGAAGUUUUGUGGUUCAUGAUGUACCUUCUGGAUCUUAUGUAGUGGAAGUUAUAUCCCCAGCUUAUAGGUUUGAACCGGUUCGAGUGGACAUAACUUCAAAAGGCAAAAUGAGAGCAAGAUAUGUGAAUUACAUCAAAACGUCAGAAGUAGUCAGGCUGCCAUACCCACUUCAGAUGAAAUCUUCUGGACCCCCUUCUUACUUCAUAAAGAGAGAGUCUUGGGGAUGGACAGACUUUCUAAUGAACCCUAUGGUUAUGAUGAUGGUUCUUCCAUUACUGAUAUUUGUAUUGCUGCCUAAAGUUGUCAACACCAGUGAUCCUGACAUGAGACGGGAAAUGGAGCAGUCAAUGAAUAUGCUAAAUUCCAACCAUGAACUGCCCGAUGUCUCUGAAUUCAUGACAAGACUUUUCUCUUCAAAGUCUUCCAGCAAGUCUGGCAGUGGGAGCAGUAAAACAGGGAAAAGUGGUGCUGGAAAAAGGAGGUAGUUGUUUCUUCCUCCUGCGCCUGAGUUUGCACAACUGUUUUUGUGUGGUAUCAUCUGUAUGGGUCUUGGAAGUUCAAAACACCACUACUGUAAACUUGAUCCAACAUGACAAUUGCUCUGCUACAGCUGUUGUGUGUGAUGUAGCUUUUUAGCCUAUUUAAGCUGUUUUGUACUUGGCAGUAAGCAGAGGAGGACAUGGCUUCAAUCUUGUAUGUGUAUAAAGUCAAUAUUGAUGAUACUGAAUUAACUAUAUUGCUCUGUAGAAAAUGACAUUAAAGUAAUUAAAUUAUAUGAUGUGCUACGCAUUAAUUUAAUAUGUUUUAAACCCUAGACAAAAUCUCACUAUAUGUAACAACAACUUUUGGUUUCAAAGAAAGAGUUCUGUUUUUAAAAAUGAGCUUAACAUUUUUCUAUCUAGUUCUCAAGUGCAUAAAGUUUCUCCCUUAAUGAAAUUGUCAUUUGAGCUUACCGAGGAAAGAACAGGCUCUGCCAGCUAGAAGUAUUUGAAUAUACUAUGUAUUUUAGUUACUUUAUUUUGUAUGUACAUUUAAUAAGGUUUGUUUGAGUGGAAUAGUAGUUCAUGGGUUUUUCCAUUUCAUUUUACUUAUUCAGCAGCUGCAACAGAACUUCAACACAAGAGCAGGCAAGCAUCCUUUUCCAAAACUGCUCAUGACCUCUGUCAAGUUAUUUAUGGAUCUCCAAUAGCCAUACAGUAAGAAGAAUGCAGCUCAGGUCCUUCCGCUUACACUGGCCACACUGAAUGCCUUAUCUCUGAAACUUACUUGAUUCUUACCAGUUCUCUUACUGUAUUUGCUACUAGUUUGUCUAGGAAGCAGACUUGAAGCCAAACACAGGGCAAAUAAUUUUACAAGUACUGUAGGUAGGUUGACUCCCACUUAUAUCAACUUUUAAAACAGUUUAUAUCAAACUCCACAAUAGAAAAUGAUUGUAUUACAAGGUAAAUGGAAUUGCAUGUGGUCGUUUAUUGACAACACUCUCCUCUUCUUCAUCCUGACUUGCUAAGCUAUUCUAGAAUCACUCAUUCAUUUUGUAUGAAUGAAAUAAGAGAAUCUUCUCAAGCUGCUCAGUGUUAAGCAAAUUUUAAAGGUGAUUUAAAUUCAGAUGGAGUAAACAAUUGACUAUUCUCCACUCUACCAACAUUUUGUAGAAUUAAAAUUAUUGGAACACCUGCUUACUUGCAUUAGUGGCUUUAUCUGUAAAUCAUUUUUAAGCUUUAUAAAGAAUAAUUGUUUCAAGGUGAAGCAAAUAUUUGCAGGGACUUAUGUCAUGUCCCAAACAUUUUAAUUUAGUGAAAGAGCUCAACAAUUUAGCUAUUCUUAAAAUAUCAGUUUCAGUUGCUUUUAUAAUUCAUUUGUUUCUCAUUGCCUGCUAAUGUCGUAAGCAGUAGGACCCAUAUACAGUGGUUAUGAUUGUUUGGUAUCUAAAACAGUUAUUUAAAAUUUGACUACUGUACAACUGAAGUAAAAUUAAUCCUGAUAUUCAUAUCUCUUCUGAGCUUUAAUCAGCAUUUUCCAAACUGCUGGGCCAAUGCUUGACAGGUGCUUUAACAUAGCCAAACUGAGGCUUAAAGUACUGUGUAACUGCAAAUCACUCUUUUCAACUGUACUUGGAAUAAGAGGGGUGGUUAAACAUUAAGCUCACUCUUUCCAUCUGUCCACACAUACAUUAAAGUUAGAUUUUAAUAAACUUGAAACUUAAGCAGCUGCCAGGCAGCAUAAAGCGAAAACAUCAAUUAUCUUAUUGUGGUAGACCUUUAUAGCCUAGGAAACAUAAAAGCUAGAAACUAAUAAAAUAUUUGUUCAAUCUGUAUAUUUCGACCUACAUCAGGGAUUGGCAACCUUUGGCACACGGCACGUCAGGGAAGUCUGCUGGCGGGCCGGAGCAAUUUGUCAUCCGCAGGUUUGGCCGAUCGCAGCUCCCACUGGUUGCAGUUUGCUGUUCCAGGCCAAUGGGGGCUGUGGGAAGUGGCAGCACAUCCCUUGGCCCAUGCCACUUCCACCUUCUCAGAGACAGAGGCACCAGACUCCUGUUAGUUGCACUGUUUCAGGCUCAAUAUAAAAAUUGCCAUUUGGCAUGGUUUUCUCCUCCCCAUAAGUGAGGGCAUCUGUCCCCAGUUCUGAUGGUGGUAUGCAGAGCCCAUCUUUGGGUUGCUGCUGAGCUAGCCCCAGACACAGAAGUAGCAAAUAAUGCCUUUUUUUUUUCCUGUCUCCAGUUGAUCUGGAGAUGGCAUUGGUUACUGUUUACCUCAUGUUUUACUUGGAGCUGUCCAUAAAAGUGAUCUGACAAGCUCAUUUCAUAGUCACAGACCCUUCAUCAAGAAUGCCUUUCUCCUGCACAAUUACUGCUAGUAUAUUGUGUGAUCUGUAGUUAUUGUCUAUUAUCUGUCCAGUUUGCGGUCGUAUACAAAUCCUUGAAUAGGCUGUGACCCUGCCAUCUCAGGGACUAUUUCUUACUCCAUACCCCCAGAAUAAUAGCUGCCUUCAGUGAGGCUAUUUGAACUAACAGAAAACAGGGUCACCACCUGGCAACAGCAGGACUGUUGGGGUGGAGAGUCAGUGGAUAUGGUACAUGUUUCAACUGGAGAUUAUUCUGACAUUCUUCAGAACAGUUCCACCAUCUCAUUUAUGGAUAUUCUCAAUGACCCUUUUGAAAAGUUGGAUGGAAGGAGAGAAGGAAGAACUGUUAGGGCUCAUACUAUCUACUGGACAUGCAUGUAAGAAGCUCUGGGUAUUACUGUGAUGGGUGAUUUAGGCACUUACAAAAUAAUUUUGCCAAAGAUGUCACUGGUGAUCUUUCUGUUAUCUAGAUGUGGGGGAGAAAUUUUAUUUUCAAAACUGAGUGUUACAUUUGUGUGUUAAACAAUUUGUAAUUGUCUCCUACCUAAUUUGUAAAAUGUGGAUGAUAAUGCAUACCUACCUCCCAAGGAUGUUCUGAAGAUUAAUUACUAAUUUUAGUAGAGGAAGGGCAGGCUGAGAUUAAGUAAGAUAGUGGUGAGAAGAGGAUUGAUAUUCAGGAGAUAAGGGUUCUUGACAUUGCUACAGACUUCCUGUGUCUUCAGGCCAGCCUCUUAAUAUUUCUGUGUUUCAGAUCCACACCUGUAAAAUAUAGAUAAUUUUUUUCCUUAUCAGAAGUAUUGUGAGGAUAAAUUCAUUAAUUAAUACGAAGUUCUCAACGAAAAAAAUAUAUAAAAUCAGACAUUUAUACUAAACAUUUAUGUUGCACUUUACACAUACCAAGUACUGUACAAACAUUAACUAAAUCAGCCCUUUACAUAGUCACAGGUCGAGAUUUCUAAAGCAGUCUAGCCAAUUUAAACACACAGCCUCCAUUAACUGAAGGAACAAAGAGUUCUGUGGCACCUUAGUCUAUAAGGUGCCACAGAACUCUUUGCCGCUUUUACAGAUCCAGACUAACGGCCACCCCUCUGAUAUUUAACUGAAGGAAGAUGCUUUGAAAAUCUCAAUCUCAGUGGCUACUGGGCCUAUGAUUGCAUAAGGAUUACAUGUAGCAGACUGCUCUUAAAAGCUACAGUGAACUCAAUAUCCAAUUAUUUCAUGUUGGUAGGAUCUUUUAAGAAGGAAAAUGGGGAGUUUUUUAAUUUGUGUAAAAAUUUAAUGCGUAAAUUGUUGCUGGAGUAUGCUUAAUUUAGAAGUGGUUUUCCAAGAGUGAAGAGAGAGAUUAGUAAGCAGUGAAUAUGCAGAAGCCAAAAUAUGUUUUUAAUAGGACUUCCAAUUAAUUGCAGUUAACUCACGUGAUUAAAAUAAAUUAAUCACAAUUAAAAAAAUCAUGAUUAAUCACAGUUUUAAUCACAGUUAAACAAUAGAAUACCAAUUGAAAUUUAUUAAAUAUUUUGGAUGUUUUUCUGCAUUUUCAUAUAUUGUAUUCUGUGUCAUAAUUGAAGUUAGAAGUCCUGCUUCUUAUUCAGCCAAUCUCUAAGACAAAUUUGUUUACAUCUACAGGAUAUAAUGCUGCCCUCUUCUUUACAAUGUCACCAGAAAGUGAGAAUAGGUGUUUGCAUGGCAUUUUGCAAGUUAUUUACAUGCCAGAUAUGCUAAACAUUCUUAUGUCCCUUCAUGCUUCAGCCACCAUUCCAGAGGACAUGCUUCCAUGCUGAUGGCGCUUGUUUUUGUUUUUUUUUAAAUGUUAAUUAAAUUUGUGACUGAACUCCUUGGAGGAAAAUUGUAUGUCCCCUGCUCUGUUUUAUCUGCAUUUUGCCAUGUAUUUUAUGUUGUUAGCAAUCUCGGAUGAUGACCCAGCAAAUGUUCAUUUUAAGAACACUUUCACUGCAGAUUUGACAAAAUGCACAGAAGAUACCACUGUGAAAUUUUGAAAGAUAGCUACAGCACUCAACCUAAGGUUUAAGAAUCUGAAGUGCCUUCCAAAAUCUGAGAGGGACGAGGUGUGGAGCAUGCUUUCAGAAGUCUUAGAAGAGCAACACUCAGAUGCGGAAACUACAGAACCCAAACCACCAAAAAAGAAAAUCAACCUGCUGGUGGCAUCUGACUUAGAUAAUGAAAAUGAACAUGCGUCAGUCCACAUAGCUUUGGAUUGUUCUUGAGCAGAACUCGUCAUCAGCUUGGACACACAUCCCCUGGAAUCGUGGUUGAAGCAUGAAGGGACAUAUGAAUCUUGAGUGCAUCUGACGUAUAAAUAUCUUGCGAUGCCGGCAAGGACGGUGCCAUGAGAAUGCCUGUUCUCACUUUCAGGUGACGUUAUAAACAAGAGGCAGGCAGCAAUAUCUCCUGCAAAUAACAAACUUGUUUGAGCCAGGGGUACUCAAACUGGGGGUUGGGACCCCAUUUUAAUGGGGUCACCAGGGCCAGUAUUAGACUCACUGGGACUUGGGGCUGAAGCUAAAGCCCGAGUGCUUUAGCCUGGGGCAACAGGGUUUGAGCUGGACCCCCUCCCCUACUAUCCCCGCCUAGGGUCACAUAGUAAUUUUUGUUGUCAGAAGGGGGUCAUGGCUCAAGGAAGUUUGAGAACCCCUGGUCUGAGCGAUUGGCUGAACAAGAAGUAGGACUGAGUGGACUUGUAGGCUUUAAAAUUUUACAUUUUAAUUUUUGAAUGCAGGUUUUUUUGUACAUAAUUCUACAUUUGUAAGUUCAACUUUCAUGAUAAAGAGAGAGCACUACAGUAUUUGUAUUAGGUGAAUUGAAAAAUACUAUUUCAUUUUUUUUUUUAUAGUGCAAAUACUUGGGAUCAAAAAUAAAGUGUGACCUGUACAUUUUGUAUUCUGUGUUGUAAUUGAAAUCAAUAUAUUUGAAAAUGUAGAAAACGACCACAAAUAUUUAAAUAAAUGGUAUUCUAUUAUUAUUUAA